GUAAGUUAUUCAGAAAAAAGGCGCGAAAUUCACACUCUCCUGCAACUAGGGCACAUAGAAUCCCCACGAAUUACUCAAUGACACAAGUAUAAACUUUUGAGGUAUAUUUGGCACUGAUUGUAAUGACGCUUUCUACCAGAGGAGCGCUUAUUUGCUUCGAGGGCUGCGAUCGAUCGGGAAAAUCCACCCAAAGCCGUCUGCUGGUAGAUUAUUUGAGAUCACUUGGGACAAAUAUCGAGCAUAUGCGGUUUCCAGACAGGAGUACAGCUAUUGGACAAUGUAUAAACUCCUACCUACAAGGGACAUCAGAGCUAGACGACCAUGCAAUCCAUCUUCUCUUCUCCGCUAACAGAUGGGAAUCAGUUCCCAAAAUUAGAAGUCUUCUCAAUACUGGAACAACAAUAGUGGUUGAUCGCUACGCAUUUUCAGGUGCUGCUUUUACAUCUGCCAAGAAGGGCUUUGACCUGGAGUGGUGCAAGGCCCCAGACCGAGGUCUCCCUGCUCCAGAUAUUGUGAUAUUCCUGGAUAUAUCCGUGGAUAAUGCCGCUGAGAGGUCAGAGUAUGGGGGAGAGAGAUAUGAAACUAGUGACUUUCAGAGAUCAGUUGCCAACCGAUACAAAGAGCUUCAGGCAGACUCUUGGAAGGUUCUAGAUGCUGGUAAAUCUAUUGAGGAAUUGCAUAAAGAAAUACAGAAAAUCGCCUGUGAGACUAUCAAACAUGCGAGCGACAAAGCAUUAGAACCAUUGUGGACGUCCAAAGUGCAAUGACAAUUAGAAUAAUAGGAACUAUAGCAUUCUAAUCCUUUUUUAUUAUUAUUUUUGUAUGUACUGCAUAAUGCCUAGUAAUCAGUAUAUGAAGAAUGUAUAUUUUUUGUCAUGUUUGUCACUGUAUAUUUCUGCAAAAUUAGGAAUAAUACGGUAAAUUUACAUGAAA